AUGCCCCCAUUUCUCCCAGUCGCCCCAGCUGACAAGGGUGUCAGGCGGAUCUGUAAGCUGACGGAGGACGGCCUAUCGGGGAAGGACCUGACCAUGUUCUGGUUCACCAAGUGGAUCCAACCACUGGAACAUCGAGAUCGCUUGAUGUACCAAUACACGGGGCGCAACGACACCAUGCGCGCCUCCAAGGACAACCUCUCCUCCGAUGCCCUAGACAAGCAGAUCCGGGUGAUGAUCAAAAUUCCGCAUGACGUUCGCUCUCACGUGUGUAAUAUUGACAUUCAGACAGGUGGCGCCGGCACCACGCUUGAAGCCCUCGAGGAAAAGGAUCUCGGAACUUUAACCCAAGUUCCGCACUCCGGCAACACCAACCCGGAGGCCGCAUCGGACACGGAGGCCCCUGAAGCUCCUGCUCCUGCUAAACGAAAGAGGGUUGAAACCUCCGGCCCAGCUUCGAAACGUUCACGUGAAGCUGCAAGCGCUGCGGCCACCCGGAAAGCCGAGAAGGAAAAGCAGCGCCUCAAACAGAUUGACUCCAGCAAGCACUCACAACCGAACAUCGAGCAAUUUUUCCUUGCGCACUCUUCCGGAAGCAAUCCCCCUAAGAAUCCCAAGAAGAAGUCCAAGCCUUCACCUGCCUGCAUGUCAAUUACUCCGGAAGUGGGGGUUCCGCCCAAGGCCACCUCUUCCACGGCUCAAAACCCGGAAGACAUCAUCAACAUUGAUGAUAUUCCGGAGGAACCUACCGCAGAAUCUGACAAGGGCGCCUCCUCAUCCCAACCUAUGCCGGAAGACACCAACGUUACCUUGGCUGAAGCUACGGCUAAUGAUGUCAAAAAAAAGUUGUUGCUGAGCGGUGCGACUGUGUGGGUGAACCCGGAGUCAGAGCAAAAGUAUCUAACGGCGCUCGAGGGCAGCCUCAGAACCUUCUUCGCCAAGCACAAGCACCUGCACCUGAACACCCGUAAGCUUCACGAAGAUCUGCGUACGAUGGUGCUGGAGCAGAAGGCGAAGAUCGAGGGGCUGCACAAAAGGGAUGCGGAGAGACAGAAGGUGAUAUCGUUCCUCGAGACCCAUCUGAGAGACAGCGAGGAACAACUUGCCAAGCGUCCUUCUAUUGAUGACAUCUCCGCCCAGCUCGAGGUGCUAAAGGCCGAGCACGCCUCCCUCAAGAAUUUCCUCAAGGAAUCUUCUGAGAAAGAAACCAAAGAAAAGAGGUAA